UCGGAAGUUGGCACGUAAUGGCGGCGGUGAGGAGCAUUGCAUCGUGUUCCCGCUGGGCUGCUGCUGUUCUCCCUCGCGUGCCUGCUGGUUUAUUUUUCAGGACUAAACUCUACCAACCAGAAUUAUCUCUCCACUCAUUCAUUCAUCAUCAUCCUCAUCAUCACAAAGCCAGACUUUUAUCCUCUAACCUCCUGCUGCAAAACCCAGCGGCAAUGUCAGCUUCUGUAUCCACAUCACCAUCUGCUGAAACAAUGAGCCAGAGGAUGGUGUGGGUGGAUUUAGAGAUGACAGGACUGGAUAUAGAAAAGGACGAGAUUAUUGAAAUGGCGUGCAUCAUCACAGACUCGGAACUCAACAUCGUCGCUGAGGGUCCAAAUCUGAUCAUCAAACAGCCGGACGAGCUGCUCAACAACAUGUCGGAUUGGUGCAAGGAGCAUCAUGGGAAGUCAGGGUUGACGCAGGCAGUGCGGGACAGCAAGAUCUCACUCCAGCAGGCUGAGUAUGAGUUCCUGUCCUUCGUCAGACAGCACACUCCACCAGGCCAGUGUCCUCUGGCAGGAAACUCGGUGCAUGCUGAUAAGAGGUUUCUGGACAAGUACAUGCCCCAGUUCAUGCAUCAUCUCCACUAUCGAAUCAUCGAUGUGAGCACGGUCAAGGAGCUCUGCAGACGCUGGUUUCCAGAAGACUACAAACACACACCUCAGAAGAAAGCGUCACACAGAGCUCUGGGUGACAUCCAAGAGAGCAUCAAAGAGCUGAGGUUUUACAGAGAGGCCGUCUUUAAACCUGAAGGAGAAGAAAAGAAGAGAAAGAUUGUUGAAAAUGGAGAGAGCAAACACACAGCCUAAAACAUACCUGCUCUGGCUUUGGAGAGUGAUCUUAACUUUGCACUGCAUGUAAAGACUUUGAGCCUGUGUGUGUGAGCGAGAAAGGGAGAAGAUCUGUGUUCCUUAUUUUAUCAUCUGAUACAUGCAUGUUUCCACAUUGUCUUUUAGUUCUCACUGUAUUACUACAGAUAUUAUGAACAGUAUUUCUUUAGGUUUGUUCUUGUGCUGGUUUGAAGUUGUUCAUCUGCCUGUGCUGUUGCUGAAGUGCAAAUACAAAAUGUCUCUCA